AUGAGCCAAGAUCUGGAUGGCCUAUCCUCAAAUUUCAGGAACAUCGUGGAGCGAGAUGAGCCAGACGAGAGCACUUUGUUGAAUGAUGCGACUGCAAGUUUCGAGAUAGAAACAGAUACUGAGCGCGAGGGAGAAUGGCCUCAACCCUCCAUCUUUGUCACCCUGCAUCGGAUAAGGAAAUUGGUACUGGCAAGCAUAGACGACCCCUAUUCCCUGGAACAGCUGAAGAGUCCGCGAGUCAAUCAUCUCAUUGUCCGUCCAUUGGUAGAUCGCCUGUACGACGAGAACAACUACUCCAUUGUCUAUUGUCUCCUCGCAAACCGAGUACAGUUCCUACGCGAACAGUCCAGUGUCAUCGGCCAGAGCACCAGCAUAGCCCGCGCAACAUUAUGCGAGCUGUUGGCCAUCAAGAUCCUGCGCAACUUUCACGACGAUAAUCCAUGUCUAGACGGUCUCCUCUUACUUUCCAAGAUCCUGGUUCAAGGGUUUGACCCCUUCCAUGGUGCUCCGCCUGAAGUCGAACAGUACGGGCGCUAUCCGCAAUGGCCGAUUCAGAAGCGUGGCGGCCAUGAGAGGAAGCUGACUGCUCUCGAACUCGCCAUCAUAUCCGAGAGCAAGACCUUUGCCAGUUCUUCAGGGUGUAGACGUGUUAUAGAUGCAGUGUACCGUGGAAAAAUUGUCUACACGCCUCUCUCGUUCGUUGAUAUUCUCCCCAACCAUUAUGAGUAUCUUCCAGUGUCUCUGUACGAACCGCGCAAGGCGCCGCUGCUUGACCAUCAUCGUCUCACCGUUCCGCGCACCCGGUACAUAAUCGAGCUAGUGCACUACAUCAUACUCACUUUUCUCUAUGUUUGCACGAUGCGGUAUCGAGAUCCCGAAAACCUGACUGGCAAUGAGGUAGUCUUCAUUCUAUACUCUGCUGGCUGGGUUCUUCACGAACUCGCUGCCAUCAUUGAACACGGAUGGAUGAUACAUUCGCAGACUUUAUGGUCAUUCUUAGACCUUUCAUACACUGCCAUCUUCAUGACUUACAUCACAGUUCGGGCCUAUGAGCUGGAUGUAAGCAGCGUGCAGAAUGGCUUGGCACAUAAUAUACUGUGUCUCGCAGCCCCAAUCCUUCUGGCCAGACUGGCCUUCAACAUUCUACCAGACCAUAUUGUCUUUAUUUCGCUCCACGCCAUGAUGAAGGAGUUUUUGAUCCUCACAUUUCUCGCCAUAUGGUGUUUCACUGGGUUCCUGUUGGCACUGCAGUGGCUUUCUCCAGGAGAUGGCUCGAUUCCAAACGACUUCACCAUCAUCAAAUGGCUGCUGUGGAUCUGGUUCGGACUGGAUGGAACAGGAAUUAAGGAAUCUGUUCAGUUUCACGUCAUUUUAGGACCGGCACUGACAAUUACCUUUGCCUUUCUCGGCAAUACUUUAUUUCUCACGAUUCUUGUCUCGCUCCUCACCAACCGUUUCAGUACCAUAGUCACAUCUGAGGAUGUUGAGAUCCAGUUUCGAAAAACCGUCCUCACAUUUGAGGGCGUGAAAAGCGACGCUAUAUUUACGUACCCGCCACCGUUCAAUCUCUUUGCUCUUCUGAUACUGCUUCCUAUCAAACAAUUCCUGUCGCCACUCGAGUUCUACUCGAUUCACGUCUUUCUCGUACGACUUGUCAAUGCGCCUCUAUUGUUUUGCGUCGGUUUCUAUGAACGCCGACGCCUAUGGACCUUUGGACCCGAUGCAGCCAAAGUGUCGAGAAUGUGGAAGUUCACAGGCUUCUCACCGCACGGCGACAUACAGGCUGUAUUUGAAGUCGAAGCCCCGGCCGAAGUUCUGCGAGAGGCUAAUGAAUUGGAUGGGCUGAGCGAAAUGGGUUUUUCUGAUGGUGAUGCCGUGUCAAGGCUCUCUCGAGAAAGGGAAAUUAGAGCACCGGUUGUAUUUAACCUAAGUAAUGCAGGGACAUAG